CGCAUACUUUUCUGCUGCAAGUAAAUAUGUAGGCAUUUGAUCCUUCAAUAACGAGACCAGCGUGCAAACGCUACCUAUACGCGGAAUGGGAUGAUAUAAUGAGCUUUUUCCUUAGAGAGGAGGUUGCAUUUUACGCGGAGCGCAUUUUAUCUUCUCCACGACGCCAACGGCUGCUAGCGUGCGCAGGUUAGCGAACAGCGCCCCCACAAACCCCCAAAGAAAGAAAAGUCUGGUGCGCUUCCAGUUCCAGCCUGGGUUCGACGGAGAACGGAUCAAGGUGUCCCCUAUUUGAGACAAAUUAUAUUGUAGGCUUUUCUCCGCAUCUGUUAUUCGAUGGCUGCUCCACCUGCUAGGGCCCGAGCCGAUUACGAUUACCUGAUAAAGCUUCUCCUGAUCGGCGACAGCGGUGUGGGUAAGAGUUGCCUUCUAUUGCGUUUCUCGGAUGGGUCUUUCACCACCAGUUUCAUUACUACCAUUGGUAUCGAUUUUAAAAUAAGAACCAUUGAACUUGAUGGUAAACGAAUCAAGCUGCAAAUCUGGGAUACAGCUGGUCAAGAGCGGUUCCGAACAAUUACUACAGCUUACUACCGUGGUGCCAUGGGUAUUUUGCUGGUUUAUGAUGUUACCGACGAGUCGUCAUUCAACAAUAUCAGGAACUGGAUCCGCAACAUUGAACAACAUGCUUCUGAUAAUGUCAAUAAAAUACUGGUGGGAAACAAGGCUGACAUGGAUGAAAGCAAAAGGGCUGUUCCUACCUCUAAGGGCCAAGCACUUGCUGAUGAGUAUGGCAUCAAGUUCUUUGAGACUAGUGCAAAAACGAAUUUAAAUGUGGAGCAGGUUUUCUUUUCCAUAGCAAGGGAUAUCAAGCAGAGGCUUGCAGAGUCUGACUCCAGGGCUGAGCCCCAGACAAUAAGGAUUAACCAACAGGAUCAGGCUGCUGGGUCUGGCCAAACUGCCCAAAAAUCAACUUGCUGCGGUUCUUAAAAUGAUGAUGUGAUGGCAAGCGAGGAGGGUGAGAGGGGGGGCUGGUCCAGGCGGUGAAAAUAUUGUUGAAAAAUCUAAUUGUUUUAUAUAUGGAGGAUGUUUGUAUUUUUCUCCUUAUCAUUCUUUCACCUACUACUUGUUUUUAGUGUGCGAAAGGUAGUUUUUCACUUAUUGGAGGAAUUGAUUAAUGACAGACGGUCAUUUUUUCCUUCUUUUCUUUUUGGUCUGGGAUAGAAGAACCCUGAUAUUGUUCCUGUCCUUAAUGUAGAAAGAUGAAUAGAUGCAGCUUUCAAUUUCCUUGUUUAAUCGUUCCUUUUGCCCUUUAUUUUGUGGCCGGUGGCCCAACUUUCACUUGUCCUCUUUGGUUUGACAAAUUUGAAAUUGUACUUUCAUUA